AUGUCGCUCUUUGUGGACAACCUCUUCUCGGGUCCCGCGACUGAUACCUUGUCUACGUCCGCGUCCUCGAGCUCGACGCCGCCAACCACUGUUGCCGACAACGAUAGCCAGCACUCGGAUACCUCGAAACACGAUGUCAUCACCGUUGCCCAGGACGCAAUCCACGUCCUGCCCGUUAUCGAAACCUCCCGGGAACCAACCCCAACGCAGUCGCCUCGUGCACGUCGUCCUAGGCGAGCCCGCGCCUCCGAGCCUGUUUACAACCUCGUCAAGUUGAGCGGUGUCGCCGACCAUGGGAAAAGACGCGUCAAGGGCGACCUUGUUCCUGACAAAAGGCGACGAACCGUUUCUGGUCAUGGCUUGGGCGGCAGCAUUCAAGUUGCCGCUGUUGAUGGGGGCUCAGAAUCUCAUGAGGAGACUCUUGAAGCGCGAAUUGACGCGUCAAGCCUGCAUUGGUCACCCGGAAGCUUGGACUCGCCGCGCAUCCGCACUCGCCGACAAGGCCCUCCUUCGCCAAGCCCGCAGCGGACGUCCCUGCGUCUUGCCCGCGUACCAUCCGUUACUACGACGAUGACCAACAUGGCCAACAAUAGCCGGAAAGCGCUGAACAAGCGAGCCAGCGCCUUGUCGCGCGAGCUCCGACGACUGCAAGACACGAACGAGUUUGCCGGUGUGGACGACGUGCCUGUAGUGCACACCAUCUGGUCGAAUGGCAAAUACGUUGACCCCGACGCUCCCACUCCAGAGCCUGUCAGAAACGCGACCAAGACCAAGGAACUCGAGGAGAAGGAGCAGCAGGAGCAGGAGCAGGAGCAGGAGCAGGAGCAGGAGCAGGAGGAAAUUGGCAAGGAAGCGGAGGAAACUGUCACAAACACGAGGGUGAGACGGGUCAAAAAGUACCUCGACAAGGGCUUGUAUGCUGGUCAGGCCAUGCCUUCGGAUCUGCUCAAGGGCCUCACCACGGCUGAAAAGAAAAAGUUGGCAGAUUUGCCAGAAUUGAUGGCCCAUACCGACCGCACGAAUAAGACGAUGCCGCCUCCAAUCUACACGGGAUUGCGCACGCUGGUCGCCGGCCGAGAUUUCAAGCUUCCGUACAAUGUCUGCAACCCGCUGCCGCCAGGCCAGCCCAAGCCGGAUGAAUGGAAGAAGAUGACAAAGAAUCGGUUCAUUGGUGAUUCCAAGGACUAUUGGCGCAAGAUGCCACACAUGCACGACCUGUCCAAGUGUGUGUGCAAACCAGAGGACGGCUGCGGGGACAAUUGCCAGAACAGAAUCAUGCUGUACGAAUGCGAUGCAGGCAACUGCAACGUGGGCAAGGAGCUCUGCACGAACCGUUCCUUUUCCGACUUGGCAGCUCGUCGUAGCAAAGGGGGAAAGUACAGGGUUGGCGUCGAGGUCAUCAAGACGCCCGAUCGCGGAUACGGCGUUCGAAGCAACCGCUGCUUCGAGGCAAACCAGAUCAUCAUGGAGUAUACCGGCGAAAUCAUCACCGAGGAGGAAUGCGAGCGUCGCAUGAAUGAAAAGUACAAGAACAACGAGUGCUACUAUUUGAUGAGUUUUGACCAGAACAUGAUCAUCGACGCCACUACGGGUAGUAUUGCUCGGUUUGUCAACCAUAGCUGCGACCCCAACUGCCGCAUGAUCAAGUGGAUCGUAUCCGGACAGCCUCGAAUGGCGCUUUUCGCCGGCGACCGCCCCAUCAUGACGGGCGACGAACUGACGUACGACUACAACUUUGACCCAUUCUCCGCCAAGAACGUGCAAAAGUGCCUGUGCGGCUCGGACAACUGCCGUGGCGUGCUGGGGCCCAAACCUCGGGACGUGAAACUCGCAAAGACUGACGCGAAAAAGACGGUCAAGACGGGCAAGCGCAAGCUAGAGGAAAUGAUGGGAGACGAGGGAGGAAGCGAGACGACGAGCAAGGCAAAGAAGAGAGGGAUUGCGCCGGCCACGGGGCGGAAGCGAUCGCUCACCAAGGCGAGUGUCCAGGUUGCCAAGAGGGCCGCGUCGGCUCUUAAGAAGAGCGUUGCAUCCAUGUCGCUCAAGGGGAAGAAGAAGAAGAAGAGGGCGGCCACGCCGCCAGCCCAACGUCGCGUCAGCAAAGCAGCGGUGGGGAAGACGGCGGCGUCGAAGCUGGCAAAGAAGAAGGUGUCUGGUGGACGACCUGCAUCCGUCGAACUGCAGGCCGAAAGCAUGACGAUUGUUGCCGUGGCGGACCAAGACAGCGAGCCGGAUGCCGACAAGGGCGAAGCGUCCUUGAUCAGCGUGAAGCGAUCGGUUUCUCCGACGGAAGCGUCGCGAAAGGCGGUCAAGUCGCCUCGAAGAGUCAUCAAGCUAUCGCCCAAAGCCAGGGCCAACGCUGCCAUCCGCCUCAUCACGCAGGGAUAG